CCGACAGCACAUUCCCAACGACCAAACAUGUCUGCGCUUCCAGUAAGGAUCCACUCCCCCAUCAUGGCUCUUCUAGCUCUCACGAUGAUGGCCGUCCUCCUGCUUGUCCCACGCGUCCUAGUCCAGGCCAGCCCAAGGUACGUCCCUGCACUACCCGGUGCCAAACGCGAGAUCAUCAUGGAUGGCGACUUGGUGAUUGGUGGCUUGUUCCCUGUACAUGAGAAAGGCGAGGGCACACAGGACUGUGGUAAGAUCAACGAGCAACGUGGGAUCCAGCGUCUGGAGGCCAUGCUCCUGGCACUCGAUGAGAUCAACCAAGACAACCGCAUCCUACCAGGCCUCAAGCUGGGUGCCCACAUCCUAGACACCUGUUCCAAGGACACGUACGCGCUGGAGCAGUCACUGGAGUUUGUCCGCACCUCGCUCACCAAAGUGCACCAACCUGGGUUCAUCUGCCCUGACGGGUCUAACCCUGUGCCAGACGAGGCACCGCUGGCUAUAUCUGGUGUGAUCGGGGGAUCGUAUAGUGAUGUAUCCAUACAGGUGGCCAACCUGCUGCGGCUCUUCCAGAUCCCUCAGAUCAGCUAUGCCUCCACUAGUGCCAAGCUGAGCGACAAAUCCCGCUAUGACUACUUUGCUCGAACCGUACCGCCAGACUUCUACCAGGCAAAAGCCAUGGCUGAAAUCCUGCGGUACUUCAACUGGACCUACGUGUCAACAGUGGCCUCGGAGGGCGACUAUGGUGAGACAGGCAUCGACGCUUUCCAGCAAGAAGCACGUGUGCGCCAGAUUUGCAUCGCCACUUCGGUAAAAGUCAGCCGGUCCAUGAAUCGGGGCAACUACGAGACUGUGAUCCGCUCAUUGCAGCAGAAAGCCAAUGCCAAAGUGGUGACCCUGUUCACACGCAGUGAGGAUGCCAGAGAGCUUCUGGUUGCAGCAGCACGCAUGAAUGUCACCUUUAUCUGGGUGGCAAGUGAUGGCUGGGGGGCACAGGAAAGCGUGGUGCAUGGCAGUGAAAAAGCGGCCAACGGAGCCUUCACGAUCGAGCUCUCCUCCUACUCCAUCCGCGAGUUCGAGGACUACUUCACCAAACUCACUCCAGAGCUCAACACACGCAACCCCUGGUUCAGGGAAUUCUGGGAGCACAAGUUUGGGUGUCAGUUGCACGAGUCCAGUUGCGCCAGACACAGCCUGAGGGAUGGCUCGUUCAAGCAGGAGUCAAAGAUCAUGUUCGUCGUCAAUGCCGUCUAUGCAAUGGCGCACGCUCUGCAUAACAUGCGGCAGGCCGUGUGCCCCAACACCACACGAGUGUGCGAUGCCAUGAAGCCUGGGAACGGCAAAAGGUUCUAUCGUGAGUUCAUCCUCAAGACCAAGUUUGAUGCUCCAUUUAGACCUGCUGAUACGGAGAACGUGGUGCGCUUCACCUCUCUGGGUGACAGCUUGGGCCGCUACAACAUUUUCCACUAUCAGCAAGAGCAUGGAAGGUAUGUCUACAGGAAGGUGGGGUACUGGGCCCAAAGUCUGGUUCUUAACACCAGCAUUUUACAGUGGGCGAGAGGAGCAGUGCCCACCUCUCAGUGCAGUGACCCCUGCCAACCGAACGAGGCCAAGAGCAUGCAACCAGGGGAUGUUUGCUGCUGGAUUUGCAUUCCCUGCCAAGCCCAUCAGUACCUGCUGGACGAGUUCACCUGUGAGGACUGUGGCUUUGGAGAAUGGCCUUUGGCCAACCUGACUGGCUGCUACGAGCUUCCAGAAGAAUACAUCCACUGGUCAGAUGCCUGGGCGGUAGGACCUGUAACCAUUGCCUGUCUGGGGAUGAUGUGUACCCUGGCCGUGGCUGGAGUUUUUCUACGGCACAACGACACUCCAGUGGUGAAGGCUAGUGGCCGUGAGCUGUCCUACAUCCUCCUGUUGGGGGUUCUGUUGUGCUACGCCAUGACCUUCAUCUACAUUGCCAAGCCAUCUGCAGUUGUAUGUGCCCUGCGACGCCUCGGCCUCGGCACCUCAUUCGCCGUGUGCUAUUCCGCCCUGCUCACCAAGACCAAUCGGAUUGCGCGGAUCUUUGGUGGAGUGCGAGACGGCGCCCAGCGGCCUCGCUUUAUCAGUCCCGCGUCACAAGUGGCCAUCUGUGGUGCGCUGAUCUCUGUUCAGCUGUUGGUGUCACUGGUGUGGCUCCUGGUUGAAGCACCAGGUGUCAGGAAGGAAGCGAGUCCCGAGAGGCGUGACGUGGUGACUCUGAAGUGCAACAGUCGGGAUUCCAGCAUGCUGGUGUCGCUCACGUAUAACUGCAUCCUCAUUGUCCUGUGCACGUUCUACGCCUUUAAGACCAGGAAGUGCCCUGAGAACUUCAACGAGGCCAAGUUCAUUGGGUUCACCAUGUACACCACCUGCAUCAUCUGGCUGGCCUUUCAGCCCAUCUUCUACGUCACCGCAAGUGACUACAGGGUUCAGACCACCACCAUGUGCAUCUCGGUGAGUCUGAGCGGCUCCGUGGUCCUCGGCUGCCUCUUCGCCCCCAAGAUCCACAUCAUACUGUUUCAGCCGCAGAAGAACGUGACAAUGCUGAGGGCCAAGGACAAUCGGUUCUCCACAGGCGCUACAGCCCCGAGCUCCACCUACUCGCACGCCUCAGCCGCGACCGUCGUUCCCACCGUGUGCAACGGACGAGAGGUCGUGGACUCUACAACGUCGUCAUUGUGAAGGAGGAACCGCAUUACCGCACACAACUACACACAACCACACCAUCUCCAGUGAUGUCAUGGAUAAAUCUUUUCUCGAUGCCUCUUCCACUAAGGGUGCUUCUGUCAUCCAUUUCAGGCACUUAAGCUGAAAUUCUAUGAAACAAAUACUUGACUAUUCAACAGUUCAAUAAUUUAAAAGAAAAAUCCUGUAAAUGUGACUAUGUGAAAAACAACGUGCCAUUAUGAACUAGUAAGUAGGUUUAUUGCCACGUGGCGUGUUUGAAGCUGGGACUUGCUGUAGUCUGGAAAUAAACUGUAAAACUUCAGUUUGGAAAUGUCUUUAACAUGACUUUGUGAACAUGCCCUCACCAGUUGGUGGCCGCAUAAAAAGCAGUUUGGUGAAUUUCUUGAAUAUUUUUCAUGUUUAAAUCGAAAAAGUAUUUUAA